UUCAUGGUAUUAAUUCAGAACAAACAAAAAGGGAGGUAUUUGAAGAGGUCUGAAAGAUGAAAAUCACUUGGUUUUCCUUAAUAUUGUUGCUAACUUUAACAAUCAAUAAGCUAUCAGAGGCUAGACAUGGACAUAAGCUACAUUCUGCUGUUGUUUCUGGAUCAGUUCACUGUGAUAUUUGUUCCCAAGAUUUCUCCAAAGCCCAUCACUUCAUUCCUGGUGCUUCAGUUGCAGUGGAAUGUAAAGACAGGGAUUCAAGACCGAGUUUUCGACAAGAAGCGAAAACCGAUGAGCAUGGAGAAUUCAAAGUUCGUUUGCCAUUCUCGGUAACAAAAAAUGUGAAGAAAAUCAAGAGAUGUUUGGUGAAAGUUUUGGGAAGCAGUGAGCCAUACUGUGCGGUGGCCUCAUCUGCAACUUCAUCAUCACUAAACCUCAAGUCAUCAAACCAAGGAACCCACAUUUUCUCAGCUGGGAUUCUCAGUUUCAAGCCAUUGAAACAACCAAAAACAUGCAACGAGAAUUCCAAGGAAUCAAACAACAAAAGCACUAUGGAAUUUGGGGAACCAAACUAUCCCAUAUUUCCACCUCCACUCCAAGACCCUACAACAGUACCACAGCCAACUCCAUUGCUUCCCAAUCUGCCACCUUUACCACGACUCCCUCAACUUCCCCCUCUCCUCCCACCCCUUCCAUUGCUCCCUAUUCCACCCAUUGGAAGGAAUUAGACAUCUCAU